CCAGCUAUGUCAACUGUAUUUUGCACAUUUUGCGAUCUAGGUUGGACUGCUACAGCUUUACAAUGUUAGCUAGCUAACUGAGGAAUUCAUCUUCACUUCGCCAUUAGGUUAUGGCAGUUUCUCGAUUUGUCCAAAAGAGGGCAGGCAACUCGUCAACCCCACACCUAAAACAGAGAGCACGUCAGGCCGACAUCAAUUCAGUGAUGUAAAAAAACAAAUAAACGCUAACAUAAUCUCCCUUGAAGUGAUGACGUUUGGAGGCAUCACAUAGGACAUGGACGACAGGUCAGUCAGCAAAGUGUUGGAAGAAUGGAUCGGACAACUGAAGGAGUGCAAGCAGUUGAAGGAAAAUCAAGUCAGGGUACUUUGUGAAAAGGCUAUCGAGAUCCUGGAAAAGGAGUCCAACGUGCAGGAGGUGGGAUGCCCAGUGACAGUUUGUGGAGAUGUUCACGGACAGUUUUAUGACCUCAUGGAGCUUUUUAAGAUAGCCGGGACACCCCCAGACACUAACUAUCUCUUCAUGGGAGACUAUGUUGAUAGAGGUUAUUACUGUGUGGAGACAGUGACACUCCUGGUUUGUCUGAAGGUGAGGUUUCGUGAAAGAAUCACCCUUCUGAGAGGGAACCAUGAGAGUAGACAGAUCACACAUGUGUAUGGCUUCUACGACGAGUGCUUGAUGAAAUAUGGAAACGUCAAUGUUUGGAAGUACUUUACCGAUCUUUUCGAUUAUCUGCCCCUGACUGCCCUGGUAGAUAACCAGAUUUUGUGCCUUCAUGGAGGAUUGUCUCCUUCCAUAGUCACACUGGAAAACAUCCGAGCGCUGGACCGCUUGCAGGAGGUUCCUCACGAGGUACAAAUGUCAGUACAGCGGAACCUCUUAUGGUCAAACGUCCUGUACCGGGAUGCCUCAACCAUCUACUUACGCAACCACGGUCCAAUGUGUGACUUGUUAUGGUCCGAUCCAGAUGACCACUAUGGAUGGGGCAUCUCUCUCCGUGGUGCUGGUUACACCUUUGGGCAGGAUAUCUCAGAGUCGUUCAACCAUGCAAAUGACCUCAGUUUGGUUUCACGAGCACAUCAGUUGGAGAUGCAGGGCUUCAACUGGCACCAUGACAAAAAUGUUGUGACCAUCUUCAGUGCACCAAAUUAUUGUUACCGCUGUGGGAACAAGGCAGCGAUCAUGGAACUUGAAAACACACGGAAAUGCUCCUUCCAACAGUUUGAUCCCGCCCCUCGCAAAAGAGAUACCCAAGUGUCGUGGCGAUCGCCGCACUCCUUUAAAGAUCUAAAGCUGGUGACCAUGGGAUGGCAACGCACAUAACAGCCUGGGGCUCCGGCACUGAAAACACAUUGUACUAAAUAUGUGCCAUCAUGGAAGGAGGAACACAACUAUCACUCUGCACGUCCAACAAUUACUAUGCAAAACGUGUCAAUUAGGGCAAUAACACUUUGUGUAGUUACAUUUGAUUACCAGAGUGGUUUUUACUUUUCAGUCGCUGAGUAAUGCAAUGUUUGUUGACAACAGUUGUCACCAGCAAUAUACAGUGAAUGACUGUCUUGCAGGCACAAAUACACAAAGCAAACGAUGAAGGCUUCUGCCAAAAUCCCAGUGAAUAUUUUGUCUAACACGUUAAAGUAAUGACAAAAAAUGUCUGCUUCUAUGAAACUGCUGUAAAUAUAUAUGGUUUGAGCUACCUCAGCCUGAAUCAAUCAGUUUAGAUUUUGGGGCUUUUAAUCCUUUAAAUGUCAGUAUGUGUACAUGGCUAGCUUAUGUAGCACUAGUGUUAAAAGCUUUUUUACAUAUUAUUGAACAUCACUAUAAAAAUACACACACGAUUUCAAUAGCAAGUCAACCUUGCAGAAAAUACGAUUAUAGUACAAGGUGUGACAUUUUGCUGCAUGCUGUAAAAGGGAAUAAGUAGCACCAUCUUGUGGACAAAAAUAAAAUAAAGCCAGUAGUCCAAAUGGAAAUGUUACCAUCAAGGAUUGCAUUAGUUUUUGUUGAGAUAAAUGUGGGAUCAAAAAUGGCAUUUUCAGUGGAUUUCAAUGGGAAAUUUUUUCAUCAUUAGGAAUCAAAUGUUUUUUCUGGAGCAUGUUUUGUGUUCCCUACACACUGUUAAACUGCUCACUGUAGGAACAAAAAUUGGUUAAUGUAGCCUUGAAAUAGAACUGAAAUUAGCUUAACAUUUUUCUUUAUCUUUCUCAAGCUGCUGUGUCUCCGCUGAAAGUCUUUUGCCGACUACCAGGAGCGGCCUGCCUCACACUUUGAAAACGCCUGCGCUAACACAUCCAUCCAGCCACCCACUUUCUAUGCUGCUUGGCCUCACAAGGCUCACUAUGUAAGCUGGGGCCUAUCCCAGCUGACUUUGGGCAAGAGGCGGGGGACACUCUGGUCGCCAGCCAAUCGCGAGGCACAUACAGACAAGCUAUUUUCCAUAUGCCUAUGGACAAUUUAAUAGUCUCCAAUUAACCUAACAUGCAUAUUGUUGGAAUGUGGGAGGAAACCAGAGCACCUGGAGAAAACCCACGCAUGAGGGGAACAGAGAUGCCCAACACGGAUCGUUCCAAUCUCAUUGUGUGGUCAACAUGCUAAGCACUAGGCCACCGUUCGGCCGUGCAAACACAUCUUGAAGUUAAAAAAAUUAUAAAAAUCCUGAUUAACUGAUCAAUUAGAAAAAUGUCCAUGUUUGCUUCAAGGCCACUAAAAACACUUCAAUUUGACCUAUUUGAAAAGUACCAACCAAGCUCCCCAAUGGAAUGUAUUAAAUAUAUAAACACAUCAAAAAAAAAAUAUAUAUAUAGCAGCUAGAUUAUAUAGCGGUGGAUAAAUGAAUAGAAUUGUCCUUGCUUUUACCACCAACCACCAACCUCGUGCAUUAAGUAACCUCCCGUGUGAGCACUACCGGAAGCUGUGUAUAAAAAUAAAAGCCUCUUGAUGGAAA